GCUUAAUUUCUGGAAUUUUCUAUACAAACUUUAUGCCUCACCCUCCUUAAAAUAUUAAUUGGCUGUUCCCUAAUAACCAUGUAUAUCUUCAAGCUUUUAUAAUCCUCUCUCUCUCUCUCUCUUUCUCUCUCUCUCAUAUUCUUAUUUGGGUUUCAGAGGGAGAAGCUAUAGGCUAUAGCAUCAAGCUCAAACCAACACCAUGGGGAGAGCUCCAUGUUGUGACAAAGCAAACGUCAAGAAAGGCCCAUGGUCACCUGAAGAAGAUGCCAAGCUCAAGUCAUAUAUAGAGAAGCAUGGCACCGGUGGUAACUGGAUCGCUUUACCACAAAAAAUUGGCCUUAAGAGAUGCGGCAAGAGUUGCCGCCUUAGAUGGUUAAACUAUCUCCGCCCAAAUAUCAAGCAUGGAGGAUUUUCAGAAGAGGAAGAUAACAUAAUUUGCAGCCUCUAUAUUAGUAUUGGAAGCAGGUGGUCUAUUAUUGCAGCACAAUUGCCAGGAAGAACAGAUAAUGAUAUAAAGAACUACUGGAACACAAGGCUGAAGAAGAAGCUUCUUGGUAAGCAAAGGAAAGAACAACAAGCUCGUAGAGGUACUAGCAGCCUAAAGCAAGAGAUGAAGAGAGGGGUUGAGAUGGUUUCUGACAACAACAAUAACCAAAACCCUUACUGGCCAGAGCUGCCUGUGUUAGCACCCAUACCAUUCUCAAACCAAGAACCUCGUUUUAAUGAUCAUGCUUCUAUCAGAAAAUUGCUUAUCAAACUCGGAGGAAGAUUUUCUGAUAUUGAUGUGCCAAUUCAUGAUGGGACUAGUAGUCUUCAAUUCACAAAUGAUAUCUCCUCCACUACUCAACAAAUAUAUGAGCACUCUAUGGUCAAUAAUAUACCCUCUUCUGCUCCCAUAGAUGCAGUACUAAACAACACUGGUAGCAUUCAAUUUGCACAAGCACAGUCUUACAUGGGUGGAGUGGAAUUAAACAUGUUGCAAGGGCAAAGCUGUUUCCCUGUGGAGCUUGAGGAAAUUGUAUACAACAAUCCACAAGGAUUAGAUGGGCUAGAGUUCUUAUGUGGGGAGGACAUGGUCUAUAAUAGAAUUGGCAGUACUAGUACUUCUAGUGAAAGUGUUGGUUGGGGUGAGAUGAGCUCUCUGAUUCAUCCUCCUGUAGCUUCCAACUAUGAAGGUAUGCUACAACGGACGCAUCGAGAAUGUGUUUUCGAAGAGUUGAGGUACUACCAAGCAAAUUAACGUGCUGUACAUUAAUUAUAAAUUUGUAGCAAUAGAGAAAAUAGCGUUGGAUUCUCUGAGAAAACCCUAAUAAACUUAUAUCUUAUAUGUUGCUUUUUCCAUGCUUUGCUUUUCUCUAUAUAUUAUUUAUAUCCAUGACUAUAGUUUAUCAACCAA